ACGAAAAUAAAACGAUUAUAUUCACAUGGUAAUCUUCUCGCAACCAGUGUACUUUAAGGUUAUGAUACAACAUUGUGUUUAUUAUCUAAUGCGUUACGGAUGUACGUGACUGUGUUCUCAAACAUGCACUUCUUGUUCGUGCGCUUGAUGAUCUUUCAAUGGAGUAUGGCGACGUGUUAUGUGGCUUCCCAGACAGCGGACGAUGUAAAAAAUCUCACUAUUAAAUUGUUCAAAACUGAUGAAUACAGCAAAAUCGUUCGCCCGUUAAAAGAUCAGAGCCAAUCUGUUAAGGUUUUCACAGAGUUGAUUCUGAACACUAUAAUUGAUUUCGACGAGCGAGACGAAAAUUUGAAAAUCAGUUGUUGGCUAAGCAUUUCUUGGCAUGAUGAAUGUCUUAAGUGGGAACCAGAGGACUAUGGAGGACUGACGUUUCUUGCAUUGCCACAAAAUGAUACAUGGCGACCGGACAUUAGACUUCAUAAUUCCUUUCGGACAUUUACCGGUUUGGGAUCAAGUAAUGUGUUGCUCAGAGUCUCGUAUAUUGGUAUGGUUUUGUGGGAACCUUAUCAGAUUCUUGAAGCCACGUGUGAAGUAGACAUCACAUAUUUCCCAUUUGACACACAGGAAUGUCCUCUAAAGUUUUCUGCAUGGAGCUAUAAUAACGAAGAAGUAGAAAUUAUUGAAGGACUAAAAGGCAUAUAUUUGGACGAAUUUGAAGAAAAUUCAAGAUGGUCGAUGGUAGACACCACAUCAGACUCGGAAACAAACGACGGUUUUGUGAUUUUCAAGAUGAAGAUGAAGCGAAAGUCAACUUUUUACGUGUUCUAUAUACUCAUCCCAAUCGUCCUACUUUCGUUUUUAAACGUCAUUACAUUCGCACUUCCGUUAUCUUCCGGAGAGCGUGCUUCUUACGCUAUCACAGUUAUCUUAUCCUUGGCCUUAUUUCUAACAAUUGUAGCAUCUGAGAUUCCAAAGAACUCCGACACUAUUCCAGUCAUCUCAGUUUAUAUCACGGCAAUACUAGCACUUAGCACUGCAAACGUGAUAACGUCACUGUUAGAAUCGCGAAUGGCGUCCCGAGAUAAAAACAAGGACCCAAUCGCCCCUGGAUAUAUGACACUCUACCGCUUAGCUCGAAUAUGUCAGUGUAAACGUAACGGAAAGAGCCAUCCCGAACAAGACAUUGAAUGGAAAGACGUUGUUGCAGUAGUGGAUUAUUUCUUGUUUUGGUUGUUUUUUGUGCUUACCUUUAUAACGACCGUAGUUUGGUUUGUAAUUGCGAACAGAGGAGGGCAAAGUGAGUAAUUACAGACAAAUUAAAUGUGAAUUGCAAACAGCAUAAAAUACGACCUUAAUAGUAGCUUGAGAUAACACACAUAUAUAUAUACUCAAAUAAGAAGGGAAAUAUGCUCAAUGGUUUUGCCGUGGUUUAAUACUUCGACAUACCUGAAAACAUACAUUUUCCGACAUAUGAAAUUCUAAUGUUAUCCUAAUCCUGUACUGAAGCAUUUUUUAUUGAACUCUUUUGUAUUGGCAUCCGAUCAUACAAAACAGCAUUCAAGAGACCUUCACUUUGAACACUCCUGAAUAUUUGCACGUGCCAGAGAUAUCUCCCAAUGGUAUUUGAGUCUUAUAUCAAACCGCGUAUCUUCUGUUCAUUUUCCAAAGUAACAUCGAUCUUAUCAAAGCUGAACCAUUUUAAUCAUUGUUUUGUCUGUAAUGUGGAUACCUGACCAAAUGUCGGCGAGAGUACCUAUCGUUACAAUAAUAUUCACUUUGUGUUUAAAUCCGACGUUGAAAUCAGUUUAAUGUGUCACAAUAUAAAUUGUCCACCAUAACUUUGGUUAAUUAUUACACGUUAAUAUGAGUACAAACUUACAUAUAAAAACACAAUUGUCUCUUCUUAUAAUGCGAAGGCACGCAUAUUUUAAAACUUCUGUGUAAGUCGAACGACUUUAACACUUCAUCUUCCAACGGCGUCAUACCGUUAUAUUGACAUUACGCUUUAAACACUUCAUCUUUCAACGGCGGCAUACCGUUAUAUUGUAAGUACACUUUUAACACUUCAUCCUCCAACGGCGUCAUACCGUUAUAUUGAAAGUACACAUAGAUGCAUGUUUUGUUUAAAUUGCACUCAUUAUAAAAACAGAAAUUAAAAAAAAUCAAUGCAGCGGGAUACCAAACGCUGCUUCCAAAUUAACCUCUUAAUAACUUCUAUAUGAAUCAAUAAAUUGGGAAACGAUGAAUGAAUAUUGUAAUCAUAUUCAUUUGAAAAAGACUCAUA